AUGGUCGAUGCAAACUGUAAGUUUGUUAUUAUUGAUGUGGGUUGGUAUGGGAAGGAGGGUGAUGCAGGGAUUUACAUGAAGUCAAAACUGGGAGAGUUGGUGAAGAAUGGAACUAUAUUUCCACCUCCCAAAACCCUUCCGCAUUCUGGUAUCUUGCUACCUUACGUAGUAGUUGGCGACGAUGCUUUCAGUUUAAGUGAGCAUAUGAUGAAACCAUAUUCCAGGGCACAAAUGUUGGUAGAUGAAAAAAAAAGAACAUUCAACUACUAUCUCAGCAAAGCCAAGAGAACGUCUGAAAACGCUUUUGGCAUCUUAUGCGCCAUUUUCAGAAUUUUUUUCACUCCUAUACAUUUGAAACCUGAAACCAUUGACUCGGUUAUCGUUGUUAGCUGUUGCUUUCACAACAUGUUGAGGGAUAAUUAUUUAUCCAGGAAUCCUUCGAACAAGGAGAGAAUAUCAAACUUGGAGGAUUUACCAACCCAAAACCUAAUUGAUUUAGCAGGCACUGGUGGUUAUGCCAAAGCUGAAGGAUUUCAAGUGGGAAGCCAGUUCACCGAUUACUUCAGUACGCACCGACACAUGCCUGCAGAGUAA